AUGGUACCCAAGCCUCUCAUUGGUCGGUACAAGUUGUACAAGGCUGGAACUUCACGUUUGGUUGAAUGGCUCUCCAUCACCGGUGGUCGUUGCUGCGACCUAAAGAAAGUGCUCAAGUCCUUGAACAGCGGCGUGUCCACCAAAAAGCAGUCAGAAAAGAGCAUCAAGGACGUUGAGGUCGGUACUCAAGAGUUGUUGAAGCUUGCUGAAGCUAUCGCCAGUUCGGAUUCAGUCCCGGUGCCACAGGAAAUCAUCGACAUCACCCGGGAAGUGAUCGCUGGAAGAGAAAAGUGUGCCGAAUGGUAUAGCGCACAGCCCUUAUCAGACAAUGGCAAACUGAAGAAGGAGAACAUCAACCAUCGCUACUUCAUUCAAGUUUUACAAAAAGUACUGCGUCUGCUGCUCCAGGCCUGCGAUAAACAGCCUCCUGCAGCACAGGCGACCCAGCCGAGCCGCGAUGCAACGGAUGCUGCAAAGAAGAAACGAAAAUCUCCGCAGGAGAUAAGCAGUGGGAAACUUAACAACCUCUUCAACCUCCUCCAACUCGAUGAGCCAUCGCCGAUAAUGGAAGGUGAUCCGCCGCCCUCCUACCAAGAAGCAACUUCGCCUCCUCAGAUGAACUUCAAACUGGUUGCCGAAGAGGAUACAUCUUUCGUCGUCUGGUGCUUCCUCCAAGACUUGGCUGACAUUCGUGCAUACGUACUGUCAACCUGGCUGGAGUACAGCAAAGGCGAAGUCAGCUUCCUGAUUGCAAGCUCCGUGACGGACACUGCAUUCGGUCUCAUGCGAUGCGCCGAGGAAGACUUUGCGAAAGACAGCACAGUUAGCCGGGCUACAGACUUCAAGUCUCUCAUGAGGUACUUCAACCUACAGUACUGCGUCGCUGGCCGUGUACUGUGGAUUUGCCCGGCCGCUUCUCAAAGGUCAACCAGACCUCCACCCUCUGACUUGAACAUCGUGGAACUGUUAUGUCCCAUUGCAUUUGCCUGUCUGGAGAGCUUUCGAUACGACGCUACUGCUGCCUGUGCCGCAGCUGUUGGCAAGAGGUCACUUGGCAGCCGGGAAAUGAUCAAUCCAUAUCAUGGAUUCCAUGAGUUCUGUGAUAUUUUAUAUCAACUCUCACCUGAGCUACAUGCAUUCAGCCACGCUCCAAUGUGUGAUCAUGUCGUCGUUGACGAGUUUGUGCAAGGACUGGCACAGCUCCAUCGCGAUGGAAACUUUGCCAUGUGGCUAGUCGUAGCGUGUCAGAUAUAUCUUGAUAUAUACGAUAUGCUUGGGCAACACAUUGGCUAUGGUGCUGAUGCUUUACGGAAGACUUUCAAAAGAAACAAGGAGAUCGGUACCGGUCUUUCCGCAUACGGCUACAACAGUGGUUACCAUUUUGAUGAUGCGCAUGAAGCUGUUCAAAAGCUCGCUUGGGUUUCCCAGGGACAGAACCGGUUCGAGAAGAACUUCUCACAGCGCUGUGGUGGCAAAUGUGGCAUUCCAUCGUCAUUGCAGACCUCCAAAGUUGUAGAUGGGGUAACUGUCUCGCCCUUUGAGCAAAAGCUGCCAGCCCAUGCAGGAGCGAUCCUUGCAGACUUGAAGCUUGGUCUCUUAGAUGCUGGCUGUACGAUUGCCAAUUCUGGUUCUAUCGUUCUUUCGACUGCCCACCUUUACAAGGCUCUUCGUGCAAUGGGUGCUCUCAAAACUGAUUGGCCCGACAUAGACUUCGUGCUUAGCUCCUUCAAAGCUAAGCAGCCGCUUAUUACGAAGAUGGGAACCUCAUAUGACGCAGAUGCUGCAGUGAAGCGCUACCUCAUGGCCCUAGGGGUAGAAGCCAAAGCUUUUGCAAGCGACGCACGACAGAAUGGCAAGCUGCAUGAGCCACGAAAAAUCUCCAUCUCAUCCCCGCUUCUCCGGAGAAUGGCCGAUCGUCAAGCAAAUCAAGGGAAGCCCGGCACGAGUGACUCCAAGAGUAGGACAGUCGAGAUCGUGUUGCAGACUUUGACUCGGUCAGAUGCUACGUCUGGAAAGUCCUCUGGCCUUCUGGACCACAGCUUUACGCCAGUACAGCUUUUGACGACCUUCAAGAAGGCCAUCCAAAGCGAAGAGCCACUGCUCAACUUCGAUUAUGUGUCAUUUACGGUUACAUGUGCAGUUCUAUUGGACGAGAUAACCCGUGUUGUGAGCCCAUCAGUGGGCAUGACAGACUGGGCCAAGGAUAAGCUUGGUACGAAGAUGAUUGAUGAGAGCCACAGCAUCAACCUGGUUGCCGGCCUACUACAAUGCAAGUCGACGAGUCCGGAUAUCGACAUUGCUGCACAAGUAUUCUCUGGCUACAUAUCUGCGCAAGGCAGAUACUUCACGCAACAAGCUUUCGACCAAAGUUCCGGCCGAAUCCCAAAGGCAUUACGACCAAAGAUCCAGCACGAUCUGACUACCACCGAGAACUCCCGUAGCCUGAUGCGUACAUACCUUGAGUACGCCAAUGCACAAUACGUGUUUUCCGGAAAUGCCGUAUCGGCCUACCAUCGAAAGAUGACACCCGCGCUCUGCAUCCGAGGCUGCUCCUGCAAGCCAAGCGCAGAGCACGCCGAGCCCGUGCCAAAGCUCUUGUGCUCUUACGGUUCCGGACUUCCAGCCAUCAUCAUCGACGAAGCCGUUGUCAACAUUGAGAAGAACCCUGAUAAGUUGAUCUUGACAAUGAAUGCAGGGAUACAACAACACUUUGAGGAGCACGCUCAGGGUCUCAUCUCGGAGAAGUUGCUUCGCGAACGAAUCAAGGGGCUGACGUUGCUCGAUAUCCAACCUUAG